AUGGAUAUGUGUGUUAUUCUUAAAAUAAAAAAAAACAAUAUAAUAAAAAAUACAAGACGUGUUAUUGAUAAACUAUUUUUAUUGCAUAAACAAAACAAGAUUUUAGAUUUCAAUGAUAAACUUGACAGGUUAAAAGAUCUUGUUAACAAAAAUAUAAAUGAAAUACAAAACAUUAAUAAAGAAAUUUCUGAAAGAAAAAAAUACAAUUCACUGAUUUUUGCAAUUGUUGAAUAUUUUAAUAUAAAUAGAUGUUAUAAGGCCUCAGUAAUGCUUAGUGAUUUUUUUAAUCAAAAAAGCGAUAUAUUAUUUUUUAAAGAAACCGAUGAAUUAAUAAAUCAAUAUAGAAAUAAUAAAUAUGAGGAUUUAUUGAAAUAUUUAAAAGAACAUAAAACUAUUUUUAAAACAUACAACAUUGAAGAAAAAGUAAAAAUAAGACAUUUUCUUAAUAUGUGUUUAUUAAAGAAAUAUUCUGAAUGCAUUACAUUUCUUAAGAAAAAUGAUAUUCCUAAAAAGUAUUAUAUAAAUUUGUUAUGCAUUAAAGAUAAAUUGGUCGAUGAUGAGACUCCGCUUGCUGAAUUGUACGAAGCAUUUGGUGUUUUUAAUACUAGAAUUCAAAAAAGAAUAGAAUAUGGUAUUAUUUCAUAUAAAACAAAAAUGUGUUAUAAAUUUAUUAAUGAAGAGUGUCCUGCAUGUAUGUUUAUAGGAUUAAGAAGAGAAGUUCCUUUUAACAGAAGAGAACAUAGUGUAAUUUUAUGUAAAGGAAGUCAAGAUCUUAUUACAGAAGAGAAUAGAGCCUUUGCUUAUGACAGUGGACAUGUGUAUGGAGAAAAUUAUAUAAAAGAAAAAGGAUAUUUAUUAGAAGAUAAUAAAUAUCCGAGACAGUGUUAUUUUAUGUAA